GUAUUUUUCUGAUAAAUAAAGCGAUACGUCGCACAAGUACAUUAAAAUCCACAUUUACAAGUUCAAGUUAAGCAACUGGAAGAGGUGACAUAAUGGCCGUGUUGAAAUCGUGGUAUGUAAUGUUAUUUUUUUGUAUAACGCAAUUGCUCUACUGGUCGUACGGUGACGAGACGGAAAAAAACAAGUAUCGGUUAAACAAAUUAUUAAGCUUAGAGUCUGAGUUAGUUACCGGUUACAUUCCAGUCCUACACGAGCGUCAAAGUUUGGAAAAAAAGCGCCCCGUUGAAAUACAGAACAUGAUAAACGACAUGUACAACAAACUGGAAUGCGGAUGCCUUUACAGCGCCCAGUUACAUUUGAAAUUGACGGGCGAUGCGGUUUUUAAGCACCAAAACCUUCUCACUAACGAGACAAUUGACGAUUUUUCGUUCACGACAGAGGCGACCAUGAUGAUCGAUUCGUUGUUGGAUCCAAAAUUCUACGAGGUAAACGAUCUAUGGUUACUUUUCAUGUACACGCGUCAAAUAAACGAUUUCUUCAGGUAUAUCGUCGAUGGUGGUUCGUUAAAUUCCAAAUAUUUUAAAGAACACAAACGGAUGCACAACUAUGUGCUAACCGAAAUUGCCAAACAUGUCUACGGGUGUAAAGUUAAUAACUCUUUUAAUAUGCAUUUCGAAAAAUGCGAGCUCUGGUCAUUUGAAAAAAAUGGCGACGUGAUGAAUGCAAUACGACAGAACAAAAAGUUACUGCAUGGAAAUUUUGAAAAAAACCGGGUUAACGGACUAUUGCAGUUCUCGAUGUCCCAAUCAUUUUCUAAUGAGUUGUUGCUCUUUGACGACGAAAACACAUGCAAAUUAUUUUUUGUCGAGUUCUUUGCCAACAAAUCCGAAAGUGUCGACCUACGGUUUCCGCAUGACGAAAGCGCGUUGACAGCAAUCAAAUCACUCGGAGAGUACCAGCAUCGGGUGAUAGGCACGUUGAUAAUAAUAAUGUUGCAAAUAACAUUGGCGUAUUCAAUUCAACUUAACAAAUCCGACGACGAUUUAGCAAAGCCGAAAACGUUCAACGAUGAAGUCUUAACCAAGUUUAUGGACCUACUAGAGUUGGAAGAUUCCACCCGUGUUGCAUUCGGAGACAUAUUAAAGUAUAAAUAUAAGAAUAAUUGUCGUGAUAAACAUUUUCAAAACUACAAGUCACAUAUUAAGAGCGUCAUUGAAGGGCGCUAUGAGCAUAUGACGAUUAUAAAUAGUAAUUUACAAAAAAUCCAAACGACAGUGACCGAUAGUGGCCAAACGAAAACCUUAAGCGACGUUCUUACAGUAGGCUUAAGAUUUGUCAAAAAAAUUCAAACCGAUAUUAAAAGUAAUUCAAUCAGGUUGGCGCAAUCGUUUUUGAAAAUGAUUGACGAAAAAUUUACCCCACUUACCACAAAGGACCGUAUUUUAUCAUAUGUUGAUACAUUUUUGACUAGUUCAUAUCGUAUACAUAAUUUUGUAUAAUCAUAAAAAAAUAAUUGCUCGUGUUACAAUUAAGGCACUUUUGAUUAAUUCAUAAUGCACCUAUAUUUUUUGUGUCACCUG